ACAAUUUACAUAUUUCCUGACGUGCUGCACGUAAAAAAAAUUCGCAUAUCACAUGAGCAGACGAUCGCCCAAUGAAGUACUAACAUCCUCGUGAACUUGGUUUGUUAGUAGUAGUACGGCAGUAAUAGUCUCUGUAAUUUACCCAGCGAAAGCCUGAGUAAUAUACAUCGUUGGUUGGAGUACAGCGUUCACUAGAGACACGACGUAGACUUUAGUGUACAGACAUCAUGGAGGAUACAGUCAAUGUGGUGAUUGCUAUGGACGGAAGUGAACAUGCUAAAUUUGCCUUCAAGUAUUACAUGGAUGAGAUCCACAACCCGAAGUUUAACAUAGUGAUGGUGCAUGUGGUAGGUCCGCCCGAGUCUCUACACAAAACGGAAUGGUACAAAGCGCAUGAUUCCCAAACUAUUCACAAAAUUCUGGAGGAGGAGAAAGCUAAACUUAAGGAGACACUGGAGGGAUAUGGACAGCUCCUAAAGGAUGCCGAAGUACAGGGGACGGUACAAAGUAUCCACGCUUCACAACCCGGCCGUGGCAUCAUACAGGCGGCAGAAGACUGUAACGCACAAAUGAUUGUAACCGGAUGUCGUGGCAUUGGCAAAGUACGCAGGACACUUAUGGGAAGUGUCAGUGACUAUGUAGUCCAUCAUGCAACAGUUCCGACGUUAGUUUGUCGUCAUCCUCGUGAUCACCAUGACCACGGGACACCACAAAUAAGGCACGUGGUAUACCGAACAGGUGCCAUCAGGAAACGUCAUGAAUAGUCAAUGCAUUGACUUGGGACUUUAAAAUAAACAAACCAGUGUACAAUGUGAAGCAUAUGUGGUGUAAACACACAAACGUAAGAAUGGCUUUACAGUUGAUCAUCACACGUCUGGAUAGUACGAUUUCAAAUGUACACCAAAUAAUCAAUGUUUACCAAAAGACAUGUACUACAAACUUUUUAUUAUAUUGCAUAUAAUUGACAGGGAAGCCAUGUUUUACUUUCAGCGUGCGUAUGUCAUAAACUUCUAAGUGAAAUGGCAAUAAAGACUAUUAUUACACUCUUGGAUUUAUUUAAGUGACAACAUCAACAUAUGGACGAGCACUGCAAGGUUGUUUAUUUACUACUGAAGCACACAUACUGACUAGAAAUAAGCUGUUCACUCACUAGUAUGUUAUGGUCUGUCACCCAUGUCAUAUUGUACGGAACGAUUUACAUUUAUGUUUUCUUAAUUAAAUUGAACAUUGAUAACUGA